UCUUAUAACCAUUUUUUUAUUGGUGCAUUUUAAACCACGCCUCUUUUCCCCUAACUUGUCUGUGAUUGGUCUAUUACCACGUCUGUCUGGUAAAACUCAGCUCUGUUAGGACAGUGCCCUUCAGUUGUGUAGUUUCUACACAGCACGUGGUUCUACUUGGCCUUGGCUUUCAGUGGACUGCACUUGAGCGAAUUUCAUCUUUUUCAAAGUCUCUUCAACGGUUAAAAGGUCUUUCUUCUUUGUGUGUACUGGACUUCAUCAGCAGAACCAGCGGAUAAUUUUAGUGGAUUGAAUUUCCAGGGACGUCACAAAGUUACAGAGGAACAGGAAUUGGUUUAAAUUAUUUCGUUCAUUUAAUACAACUGUUUUCUGGUGUAUAUUUUACUGUUUCUUUGUGAGUUUUUGAAUUUCUAUAGGUUAGGUGAAGAUGCCUCGCCUGAAGAAGCACAACCGUUCCAUCGCGACCAAGAAGAGCAUGGAGGAACGCCUGGCAGCAGUGGUGGCAUCUGCGCCUCUGGUCUCCACCACUUGCUUCCCACCACCAACACGUGGUCCCUCACGUCGUGGUACUGGUCGUCGCCACCGUGUGAGCACCUGGCCAGUUUCACCCCUGACUGGCAGGAGUCACAAGAUGAUCAUCCCAGCCGAGUCACCUGACAAGAAGUUUGUUCUUCUUGUCGGUGAUUCCCACCUGCGCGCCAUUGUUGAUGGCCAUGUGAAGAUUUCGCACAAGCAGCUUUCUUUUGGUCUCAUGUCAACGCCAGGCGCUGACGCCAAGGACCUGAGGACUGAGAUGGUGAGUGCAGUCCUUCCCAGGACACCUGACCUUGUUUGUGUUCUUGCGCCCAGCAACAACUUGACUAAGGGGACAUUGGAUCAGGCUGCAGUGGACUUUGAGGAGCUUCUCACCAGUGCCUUGUCUCGGUGGCCGAAGUUGUUUGUCCUGGACUUCCCUCCGCGCCGGAACGUGGAUCAGGACUUGCAGGAACUUUUUCGCCAGGAGUUUCACCGUGUGGCUGCACGCAAGGGUGUGAGGUACUACUCUAUUGCAGAGUUCUUUCCUCUCAGCCAGCGUGACCUGUGGAGUUGGGAUGGGGUGCACCUGAGUGAUGGAUCUGGGAUGAGGACGCUGGUGACAUUGCUAUGCGACAAAUCCAGUCUGGAGCUAGCGAUGGCUGUUGCACAGGAGGAGUCGCGUAGCAUGUUGCCAGCUGUUCCUGCUCCUGCUCCUCGUCUGGCUCCGAGGUUGGUUGUGGUUGGAGAGGCCCGCUCUCCACGUCCGUUGCACAACCCAUUGGAUUGGAAGGUGGUUGAACCACGCAGGACGGGGAGCAGCUCGCCCCCUAAGGGAGGGAAGGUUCAGCUCAGGGAUUGUUACAUCCCUCUCACUCCUGUGUGGUUCAGCCCACCAAUGUUGGAGAUGAUGGACAGUGUCCGUCCGGGCAAUCUUGAUCAGAAGGAGCCCAGUACUUCUGCCAAGGGACCAACGGGGGUCAAGCGUCCUAGGAGCCCUUUUGCUCCAAAGAAGAGCUGUGGGAAACAGAAGGUGAAGGUGGAGGAGUGGCCUGAACUUCCCAAGGCUGUGUCGGUGGAAGUGGGGGAUUGGCCUGGAGUGCCCAAGGCUGUGGAGGAGGUCCCUGUGGAGCGUCCCCGCAGACGCAUUGUCUUCAAGAAGAGGCGUACUUCUCAGCAGCAGGUUGCAGCUGCAGAUGUUGUGGAGGUGAUGAGUGGACCAUCACCUGUGACCAUUGAAGACUGUCCCCCUCUGCACAGCUCCCCAGACCUCAUCCAAAGUAAGGUCGCUGCUAAUGUUGAUACUUUGCCGGUAACGUUUGAUGCUGGGUCUGUUAGUUCAGGUGAAGAGGAGAUCAUAGUGGUCUCUGAUACAGACAGUGAGGGUUCCAUUUCUUUUGGGUGGACUGAUACUUUGCCACUAGCCCAAGGUUCAGGGUCUGUUGGGGCAGGUGUAGAUGAGGUCACAGUGAUCUCUGAUACAGACAGUGAGGGUUCCAUUUCUUUUGGGUGCUUUGAUACUGUGCCGCGAAGUUUUGGGGUGCGUUCUGUGAGGGGAUCCUUUCAUCAGGGGGAUCAGCGUUUUAAAUAUAGAGGUGUACAGUGUAUGGCAGUAAGUUUGGCUGCCAUGGCAAUGCAUAAGACCAAGAGUGUGUUUUCUUGGCAAACGAGACAUCUGGACAAGGCUGUUGUUUGUGGUGACAAGAUUUACACAUCUUUGCGUGACAAUAACUUGAUUUGUGGUGGGCACACUAUCCCGUGUAUUCCAGAGUUACCAAAGCAGUUAGAUAAAGAUGGCCAUAGCUAUGAUUUUGAGUAUGGUGACUUUGUGACUGGGGAUGUCAAUGUGGUUGAGGGAGAGUUUAUUGAUGCAGGUGUGUGCACAACUCUCAAGGACGGUUUGGAAAAGAUGUGUAUGGAAUAUGACACAUGCUUUUUCACAUUGUUAUCCCGUACUUGUGGGAUUAUUAGGGAAGGGGAACGGUUUGCUGUUGUUGACUCUCAUGCACGCAGUGCAGAUGGGAUGGUGCAUCCCAACGGAAAGAGUGUUGUUGUGUAUUUUAGUAGUCUUGAACACUUGAUUCAGCAUGUUAGCUGUUUUGCUGCAGGAUUCAGAGGGACACAGAAGUUGUUUGAGAUUGCUGGUGUUCGUGUCACUGUGAAAGUAGAUGGUGGUGCUAGCCAGUCAUCUUCAGGGAAGAUUGGUGCAAAGCGCAAGGCUACUACAAUGCCUACUCGUACCUCAAAGAGGUUUAAAAGGAGUGACCCAGUUGAUUCAGAUGUAGCAUUUGUUAGUGAGGUUACAGUUAAGGAGUUGGUGUUUAACCCUGUUCGUAAUGAUGUAGCUCGAACUUUAUGUGACAAAUUACAUGUUGAGUCAGAGAAAGUCGACGAUGUGUUUUCAAUAGUUGGUGUGUUGGGGGCUCCGUGCAAAAAGGACACAAUAGUUGGUGAUGGCAACUGUUUUUUUAGAUCAGUCAGUCAAGCUGUUUGUGGUUCACAAAAGAAUCACAGGAAAAUUAGAUUAGCUGUAGUUAAACAAUUAGAAGACAAUGCUGUAGCUUAUGAGAACAUUUUGAGACGUGAGUUCUCGUCAGUGUCAGAUUAUGUCAGUAAGUCAAGGAUGCGUUAUGUCGGCAGUUGGGCGACAGAGGUUGAGAUUCAAGCAGCAGCAGAUUGUUUAGGAGUUUCCAUUUUCACUUACAUUGGUGAUCGCUGGCUUGAAUAUAGUUGUAAGAAUAGGCAGUUUUCCAGUCAGGCAGUGUACUUAGAUAAUGUCAAUGGUAACCACUAUGAGACUGUUGUUUGUGUUCAUCAGCCACAGUCACAGUUUUGUUAUGGUUACUGCAAAGUAGGUGAGGCUACAACAGGCUACAAUUUUAGACAGCACAGUAAAGUAGAGGCACAGGCAACAACCACAAUUUGUACUAAUGUAAACUAUUGUUUUUCUAAACAUUUGACAAGUCAAAAGUUAUUCAAAAAUAAAACUAAAUAUAGAGAAAAUAUGUUAGAGAAGUUGAAACGUCAGGAACAGUCUAAAAUUAAGUAUCUGGAGGAUGUCAUCCAUAGAGAGAAAAUUAAAGCAUUCAAUAAAGUGAAAUACACACAAGAUGUCAGCCAUAGAGAGAAAAUGAAAAAAUUAAGUAAAGUCAAAUACACACAAGAUGUCAGCCAU